CCCCAGUGAGGCCUCUCCAAGGAGACUUCAGGAACUGAAAGCCUGUCCACUCGGAACCUGGAACCCAAGAACACUGCUUGAGGAGUACUUCUAAAGCAGAGAGCUCUCAUGGCACCCAAAUGGAACCAUCCCAAUGACUCUCGGUCUUCUAAGGAGUCACCGCCUUCCAAGGAGCUACCACCUCUUUAUACCAGUCCUCAAACAGGAGCACACGGGUCAUCCCAGCCAUACCGUGUGUACACCCAAGUCACACCAGUGAUCCAGACCAACAUGUUCACUGGAGUGCCGAGGGUGACAACUUCCAUGCCGAUGCAGACCAUAUGUCCCUUCUGUGGGAGCCACAUCAUCACGGUGACAACCCCUGUCCCAGGCAUCCUCACCUGGCUGCUAUGCAGUGGCCUCUUUAUAUUUGGGUGCUUCCUGGGCUGCUGCUUCCUCCCCUUCUGUGUGCGGAGCCUCAUGGAUGUGAGGCAUUCCUGUCCUGUGUGCCAUCAGGAACUCUUCCACCAUCACCGCCUGUGACCUGCACUAUAAACAGCAAUGAAGAA